CACCCACUCUCCUCCCCUGGUAUGUGUGUAGAUGUGUCUCCCUCCCUCCUCCCCCCCUCAGGUCGGUAACUUGGUACGUCACAUGUUGUUUUGCUUCUUUAGCCCGGGUAGUCGUUGAGAUGUGCUAUUUACUGUUGUACGCGGAUUGGAGUGUGUUGUACGUGGUGUCGGUGUCUGCAGAGAGCGAGCGAUCUCCUGGUCAGAGCAGCUGAUGAUCCCCCGGCAUGGCUAGACAGUACAGCAGACCGGCGAUCAGCUGCUGCACUCACCGGCUAUGAGGAGGACAGCUCAGCAUGUUUACUCGGAGCUGAUCGGCUGCAUUGGAAGGUCACGGUAGAGCAAGUGGAAACCUACAAAUCCAACAUUCGUCACCCACGCAACACGAGCCAAGCAUCAACUGGGGAAAUACGGCAUCCAGGUAAGAAGAGGAUGGCCAGCCCUCCCGCUCAGGGGCAGCCGCUUCCCCCCGCCGGCUCCAACAACCUCAACCACAACAACAACAACAACGGCAACAUCGUCAAAAAAUGCGGUUACCUGCGCAAGCAGAAGCACGGCCACAAGCGAUUUUUCGUGCUGAAGGAGCCCGGGGAGGGGUGCACCACCGCCAGGCUGGAGUACUACGAGAGCGAGAAGAAGUGGAGGAGCAAGUCGGCCGCGGCCAAAAGGGUUAUCUGUCUGGAUAGCUGCCUGAACAUCAACAAGAGAGCGGACGCUAAGAACAAGUACCUGAUCGCCCUUUACACCCGCGACGAGUACUUUGCGGUGGCGGCUGAGACGGAGCAAGAACAGGAGAGCUGGUAUCGGGCUCUCACCGAGCUGCUUGGUAGCGGCAGAGGAGAAAAAGACAAAAAUGGAAGUACAGGAGAAUGCUGCUGUUCCGGGACUGCCAGCUGUGGCACUAAUUGUAGCAGUCACCUGGCGUUGGUUGAGGACCCAAAUUAUGGACUGAUUACGCCAGCCAACGCAGCCUACAGAGAGGUCUGGCAAGUAAACUUGAAACCAAGGGGUCUGGGCCAAAUUAAAAGUUUGAUUGGUGUGCACCGAUUGUGCUUGUCUGCACGAAGUAUCAGCUUUGUACGGCUGAAUAGUGAAACUCCUUCAGUGACCCUUCAGCUAAUGAACAUUCGACGUUGCGGUCACUCAGACAACUACUUUUUCGUGGAGGUGGGGCGCUCGGCGUCCACUGGGCCUGGAGAGAUCUGGAUGCAGGUUGAUGAUAGUGUGGUUGCCCAGAGCAUUCAUGAGACUAUUCUAGAGGCUAUGAAGGCUAUGAAGGAGUUGGCUGAAUUUAGGCCUCGCAGCAAAAGCCAGUCUUCAAGUUCCAACCCCAUCAGUGUACCGGGAAGACGACAUCAUACGCAGCUGCCACCAAGUCAGACUGGGCUGGCCAGGAGAACCCGCACUGACUUCCCCUCAACUUCAUCAAGUGUUCCUGGAAAUCAGUCUUCUCGUCUCCGCACUGCUAGCGAAGGAGAUAAUUUAAGCAACAAGACAAUCUUAAGUAGUCCCUUAAGUCCAAGUAUGCUUCGUGCUCCACUAAGUCGUUCCCAUACACUGAGUUUGGGUGGUCGAAAUGGGAAACUGUUUCCUGCUCCUGGUCCCCUUCAACACAGCAGGUCUAUGUCCAUGCCAGUCCCGCAUUCUCCACCAUCUGCUGCCAGUCCAGUUAGCAUCUCCUCUGGGAGUAGUGGCCAUGGAUCUGCUUGUGACCCCCUAAACCCUCCACGUCCUUCCAGCUGUAACGCAUCUGCAUCUGGGUCACCUAAUGACCCAGGUUUCAUGUCUUUGGAUGAAUAUAGUUCCAGUCCAGGGGACUUAGCUCGAGCGUAUUUAAGUUGCCGGAGUGGCACUCCAGACUCCGUUUCUGGUACUCCACCACACACAGGAGACAUGAAUGGGUACAUGUCAAUGGAUAGAGCUUGCUGUGGUGGUUGCCAAUGCCUUUCCCGACGCAUGGAAUGUUCAGCAAUAGAGAAGUGCUCAAGGAAGAGAACUUAUUCUUUAACUACGCCUGGAAGACAAAAAGUUGCAAUUCCUCAACUCUCCUCUGCUUCCCUGGAUGAGGCAACCCUUGUGCGUGCCACAUACAAGGGUAGUUCUAGUCUUCUGUCAUCCUCUCCUAAAACAUGCCAUCCUUAUCCAGAAGACUAUGCGGAUGUAGAAAUUGGGCGUCAGAAGGAUGAUGGGUAUAUGCCCAUGAACCAUGGAGCUGUUACUGUUUCCUCUUCCAAUGAUUAUGUUCCUAUGAGCCCAGCAAGCGUGUCGGCCCCUCAGCAAAUAUUACAGCCACGGACAUGCAUCAAUGGCAGUUCUCAGGAAGAUUCACCAGAUGGCUAUAUGCCAAUGUGGUGCGCAUCUAAAACGAGGCCAGUACCUGUACAUCAGAGACUUUCCCCUGCAGAGUCGCUAUCCUUUACGCCCCCUGAUUAUUUCUUCAUGCAGCCUAAAAAUUGCUGUUGCCAGAGUCAUUCAACAGCACCUCAACAUAAUUGCCCAGCAGAUGUUGAGCCUUAUGUCUUCAUGAGGUCUCCAGCUUCCUCUUCUCCACAUGGUCGAAUUGCUCGACCUUCUCGCCUGGCACUUCGCACUCUGCCGAGCAUGAGUGAGCAUCCACCAGAACCUCCAAGCCCUCCAGGUGGGGAAUAUAUUCACAUAUACUUUGGAGAGACAAGAACACAAGAUUCCUUGCCUUUGCCUCCAAAAACUGCCCAUUCAGACUCUGCACCUAUGUCUGCUGCAGGCAGUCCAUCUUCCUCCUCUUCUGGGUCUGGGUCUGGGUCUGGGCCUCAGCCCUCCCCCAUUUCAGAUUAUAUGAACUUGGAUUUUGGGCCUCCUUCACCAAAACCCUCACCUAGCUUAUGCCCAAAUUCUGACUAUACAGAAAUGAGCCCAAGGAAGACCUCACCACAGCCAUCUGACCCCUUGGCAUCACCUACUGCUGCAAAAUUACCUUUAGAGAGUACAGUUUCCAGUGUACAGUGCCUCACAGUGCUUAUGGACAAGAUGAAUGGGGCAUUUAGCCUGCACAGCCCUCCACCGGAUCCAAAUAUGGGGGCUAAGGUCAUCCGAGCAGACUCCCAAGGGGGGCGCCGUCGCCACAGUUCAGAGACUUUUUCAUCCACCACUCAAGUGACUCCUGUAUCGCCUUCCUUUGCGCAUAGUCCCAAGAGGCACAGCUCGGCCUCAGUGGAGAAUGUGUCUCUGAGGCCUGGAGAAACCUUGGAAGCCAGCGAAUGUGGCAGCCCCAUGUGCAGGGAAACCUCAGCAGGAUUCCAGAAUGGACUUAAUUACAUUGCCAUUGACUUGUCACCUGAAGAUAGAAACCUGUUGCUGCUAUCCCAAGCCUCUACCAGAGGACACUUGCCUGCUCUGGGACUUGCCAGUUUGAACAUUGGGUCCUAUCCAAGUCUUGACUUCCUGGGACAUGGAAUGAAGGGUGCCACCACUGUCAGAGAGUGAAGGUACCAGUUCCAAACUUUAAUACACUACAGAAAAGAACCUUGGGCCUAUUUUGUGAUCAGAUGCUGCUAAAGUCUCCCUCGUUCCGCUAGUGCGGUUUGAUUGGUUUCCGCUCAGGUAUAUACUGUGGAGGACGCGUGCCAGACAGCUACCAAGACAGACUUGAUCUAUUUGGAUGGCAUUAUUUACAGUCUAUCAUUUUGCUUCAGACAUCAUGAAACUCACCAUGAACACACAAGGAAUGACGAGGCCUUCAUCAACUCUUCUUAUUUAUUCUGUAGGCUGGGACGUCGCGUAAGGCAGUAACAUUACCCAUCUUGUCAGAAAAUGGUACUGCUCGCCCUACCUCAUGAAUCAAAGAAAGUAAUGCAUUUAAAAUAUGGUGAUAUGUUGAUUUUUUUUUUUUUUUCUUUGUGCAAUGAAGUUACUGAAGAAGUGUUUGGCCUUAUUCUACAGCGAAAGAACAUCUGCUUGUUGAAUCAAAAUUAUGGACUGUGCAGUUUACUUGGAAACCUCAUGACGCCAAGUGGCAUGGCAACUCUAACAUAAUGCAGUCGUGCACGUUUGCAUUUUCUCUUUUUAAAUGUGGACCAAAAAUGUGACUAAUGGACUUGUUUUCUUCUCUUAUGCUGUUAGACGCAUGCACUACACGGUUACACGGAGCUUCAUUUGACUCCUUACAGUUCGAUCUAGCAGAUUACUGUAUGUACACAAGCCACAGGCUGAGAAUGGUGAUUUCUUAUUUUAUUUUUUUUGUUUGCUUUUUAUCAUUGACUUUUAAAAUGUAUGUACGUUUUAGACGAGAUUUUAUGUGUUGAUACAAUAUUACUACUAUUGACAACUUUUAUGUUUUUUUUUUUUUUUUUUUUUUUUUAAAGGUACUUUAUUUUUAACGUUGAUUGUAAUACACGCACACAUAACUGCAUUGUGCUUAACCAAAAAAUGUCACCCUAUGAAAUAUUCAUCUUAACUAAUGUGCUGUAACAACACAGCAGUUAAUGGGCUAGCCUCUUGGCACAGCUCUUCCUGGCUGACCAGUUCCUCUAGUAUUGUCCCCUGAAGCCACAUGCCCCCCUGAGAUUGCUUUGUGAUCUUUCAUGCCUAAUCUUUUUGAGAGUAUGCCAGAAAGAUUGCAGGGCGCUCAGCUCCAUGCUUUCCAUCUGGUUAUAUGUUGGUGGAAGGGUCUUGACGAUGCAGAGUUUUACAAAAUGGAGUGAUCCGAGGAGGGCCCUAAAAUGUCCUGGUUGUAGAUUUCAAACUGUUAACAUUACUCUACUUUUCUCACUAAGUACUGCUUUAUCAGAUAUACAGAUAUUUUACAGCCUUUCUAUUUGUACCUGGAAAAUUUAUCAGAGAUAUUUUACAGAAGGGGAUAUUACCCAUAUUUUUAUUUAUUUUUUUGAAGGUACAAGCAGAACCAAGGUAUAUUUUCUGAAAAGGACUUUGUCCCGAACUUCACUGUAGAUCAUUCACUUCCUAAUUUUGCUAAAUGUCUGUGAUGAUUUUUUUUCUUUUUUGAACACACCAAGUCAUAUCAAAGCCGAAAAUGGUGGUGGGCGUCUACUAAGUAUAAGGCGUUCAAUUCAUUGUGACUUCCUAUUUGGGUACCAAAACAUUUUUUUUUUCUUUUUUUGGCGUGUUGGGGGGGUUCAAAGGUCAUUCCUUGACAGGCUUCCAUUGGGAACCACAUUGGUUUUGGCUCCCAGAACAAUGGCAAAUGGAGAAUCGGUUAUCCCUAAUGCAUACAACGGUUCAUCUCUGAACAACAAUUUUUUUUUUUUUUUUACUCCUAAACAAUGUAUUUAAAAACACCACGUCUUCCUGCUAACACAACAAAAAAAAGUCUUACUAAUAAGGAUUGUAUUUCCAGACAAGAGUGAAUGUAAAUUCAUAUCUUUUUCUAUUUCUCCUUUUUAUAGUUCAAUCCUUGAGGGGAAGUGCCGCUUUAUAGUGUAAUGCACAGACCGUUAAGAGAACUGGUCUGUUAAAACGUGUACAGCAUACUUUUUCUAAAUGAAUAUAUUGUAAAAAAAAGUAAACUUUCUCAAAUAUUUUGGUUUAGUCUCCAAAUCAAAAAUAAUUCAUAUUUGUUACCUUAAGUAAUGUACGGCACUGAACAUUGUGACCUUCUGAGGUCAAUUUUUUUUUUUUUUUUUUUUUUUUAAUGAAAAUAUAGACCUAUAGGAGAAAUGUCUCGGUAGUAUUGAGUUACCAGUCAUAUUAAUGGUUGAGCAACAUAUAGUAAAACCUAGCUUGGCUCUGUAAAUUUCACAUGAGGCAUAUGCAAUAUUUAAAUCUGAAGUUUAGUUUACAAAAAAACAACCAAAAUGUACAGGUUUUGCAGAAACCCUAUGAUGUAUAUUUACAUAUUUGUGCAUUUUUGCCCACAGUCCCUUAAAUUUAAAAUAUUUUGAUAUUGUAACAUUUUAAGGUUCUCAAACAGUAUUUUAUUCUUUUAUUUACUGGGUACAUAUUGUUUCUGAAUAUCAAGAUGUUAAAUAUAUUUCUUACAAUUGUGGUAUGACAAGAGACUUAACUUAUCUUGCAGUGUCUUCCGAUGGACAUGGCGUGUGUGUGUGUGGGUGUAUGGUAUGUGAGAGAUGAUAUAUAUAAAAAUAUAUAUGAUGCUGCUGGAGACCUGGAUAAACAAAACCUAGGGUAGUGCAUUAUAUUUAAUCUUUAUUGAUCUUGGAUGCUGUCUUAAUAGCCAUAUGCAAUAAAUACAUUAUUUAUGAUAGGAAUCAGUUUUGAGCGUGCUUUCUGUAGACAUGUGGCUGAAAAAGAUAUUCUGUUUUAUUUAUUGGUUUUUGAAAUCAUUGGGACUAUGGUGUACAACUAAAGGGUAUAUGUUUACUUUGAUUUUAUUAUAUUCAUAAUUAAAAUGUGUGACAAAAAAGGUCA